AUGGAUUCCCCGGCUGCCGGUGAAGGACAGCGGUUCAAGCGGAUUCCAAGGCAGCCUUGUGGCCGGAACCUGGAGCUGGAUCCACUGCUUAAUGAGAAUUUGGAACAGUGGCCACAUCUAAGUGAGCUAGUACAGUGUUAUAACGCUGAUUUUGUGAAAGAUGACUGCAAAUAUGGACGCUAUGAGAGUGUCGCGCCACCGUCCUUUCAGAAUCAAAUUUUCGAGGGACCUGACACCGACAUAGAAACAGAAUUGCAGCUUUGCAACGCUAGGCAUUCCAAGCCUGAGGAAACUACUGAGGAUGAUAUGCCAAGCACUUCAGGGAGGCAAAUAUAUGAAACUGAACCAUCUGCUUCAUCUUCAAAAAAACAUUGUACUCUCUCACCUUUACCGGCAUAUGAACCUGCAUUUGAUUGGGACAAUGAGAGAUCUUUAAUAUUUGGCCAACGCCUGCCAGAAAGUCUCCCUGCAACACACAGCAGUGGAUUGAAGAUAACGGUCAAGGUAUUGUCUUUGUCAUUCCAAACUGGAUUAGUCGAACCUUUUAGCGGUACAAUCUGCUUGUACAACAGAGAUAGGAGAGAAAAGCUAUCCGAGGACUUCUACUUCCACAUACUUCCAACAGAAAUGCAAGAUGCUCAUAUAUCUUUGGACCGUCGGGGUGUUUUCUCAUUGGACACCCCUUCACCAUCAAUCUGCCUUCUGAUCCAGCUAGAAAAGGCUGCUACUGAAGAAGGGGGAGUAACUCCUUCCAUUUAUUCCCGUAAAGAACCUGUGCACUUGACUGAGAAAGAGAAGCAGAAGCUGCAAGUUUGGUCUCGAGUCAUGCCAUACAGAGAGCCAUUUGCAUGGGCAAUGAUUCCUCUGUUUGAAAACAACCAUGCUGGUGGUGAUGCUGCCUCUCCUAGCAGCCCUUUAGCACCAAGUAUGUCAGGCUCAAGUUCUCAAGAUAGCAUUGUGGAGCCUAUCUCCAAACUCACUUCAGAUGGAAAACUCAACCAUUAUUCAAGUGGAAGUUCUGUUAUUGUUGAGAUAUCAAACUUAAACAAAGUGAAGGAAAGCUACAUGGAAGACUCCCUCCAAGAUCCAAAACGAAAAGUACACAAGCCAGUGAAAGGUGUGCUAAGGCUAGAGGUGGAAAAACUUCAUAAUGACCGUAAUGAGGCGGAUACCAUUUCUGAAGGUGGGAGCAUAACCAAUGAAUUGCAUGAUGCUGGCGAGCUCAAUAAUGGCAGACACAGCAGGAAUAGCAUUGAUGGGAUCCACAGUUCUCUGAAUUCUAGUGCCAUUGUCAAGAAAGAUACACACCAGAAUGGUCAAAGUUCCAAUGGAGAGAAUGGCAACAAUUUUCAAGCUUUUGACUUUCGGAUGAUGGCCCGGAGUGAACCAUUUUCACAACUUUUCCAUUGCCUCUAUGUGUACCCAUUGACUGUUAGCUUGAGCCGCAAAAGAAAUCUAUUUGUAAGGGUAGAAUUGAGGAAGGAUGAUUCUGACAUACGUAAACUUCCAGUAGAGGCUGUCCAUCCAAGGGAUCAGAAUUCAACACUACAGAAGUGUGCCCAUACCCAAAUUUCUGUUGGCACAAGAAUGUCUUGCUACCAUGACGAAGUUAAGAUCAGUCUGCCUGCUCUAUUGACGCCCCAACAUCAUCUUCUGUUCACAUUUUUCCACGUAGAUCUCCAAAUGAAACUUGAAGCCCCUAAACCAGUGAUUGUGGGAUAUGCUGCACUUCCACUGUCGACACACAUUCAGUUACUUUCGGAUGUGUCUUUGCCAAUUUUACGAGAGCUUGUUCCGCAUUACCUGCAGGAAAGUGGAAAGGAAAAAAUGGACUACCUGGAGGAUGGAAAAACUGUUUUCAGGCUGCGGUUAAGACUUUGCUCUUCGUUGUUUCCAGUUAAUGAAAGGAUAAGGGACUUUUUCGUUGAGUAUGACCGUCACACACUACAUACAAGUCCACCUUGGGGUUCUGAGCUUCUUGAGGCAAUAAAUAGUUUAAAGAAUGUUGAAUCUACUGCAUUGUUACAAUUUCUUCAACCAAUACUCAAUAUGCUGCUACAUCUUAUUGGCGAUGGUGGUGAAACCCUUCAGGUUGCUGCAUUUCGAGCCAUGGUUAAUAUUCUAACCCGGGUGCAACAGGAAUCAUCUGAUGGAGCUGGGAGAAAUAAGUUUCUCGUUAAUUAUGUUGAUUUUGCUUUUGACGACUUCGGUGAUCGGCAGACACCUGUAUACCCUGGUUUGUCUACUGUUUGGGGCAGCCUAGCUCGUAGUAAGGCUAAAGGUUAUAGAGUUGGACCUGUCUAUGAUGAUGUGUUGUCAAUGGCUUGGUUUUUUCUGGAGCUUAUUGUAAAAUCAAUGGGAUUGGAACAAAGUCGUCUCUUCUACCACAAUCUUCCACUUGGUGAAGAUGUCCCACCGCUGCAGUUGAAAGAAGGAGUCUUCAGAUGCAUCAUGCAGCUAUUUGAUUGCCUUCUAACUGAGGUUCAUGAACGCUGUAAAAAGGGUUUAAACUUGGCGAAGCGCUUGAACAGCACUCUUGCUUUCUUCUGUUACGAUCUUUUAUCAAUCAUUGAGCCACGCCAAGUUUUUGAGCUGGUUUCAUUGUAUAUGGACAAGUUUGCAGGGGUUUGCCAGUCAGUCCUCCAUGAUUGCAAAUUGACAUUCCUGCAAAUAAUAUGUGAUCAUGAUCUUUUUGUUGAGAUGCCUGGUCGGGAUCCCACUGAUAGGAAUUAUCUCUCGUCGGUUCUUAUUCAAGAGAUCUUUCUCACCCUUGAUCAUGAUGAUUUGUCACAGCGAGCGAAAGCGGCUCGUAUUUUAGUUGUUCUUAUAUGCAAGCAUGAAUUUGACGCGCGAUAUCAAAAAAGUGAAGACAAGCUGUACAUUGCUCAGCUGUAUUUUCCUCUUAUAGGACAGAUUCUUGAUGAGAUGCCUGUGUUCUAUAACCUAAAUGCCAUUGAAAAACGUGAAGUGCUAGUGGUCAUUUUGCAAAUCAUAAGGAACUUGGACGACACAACUCUUAUAAAAGCAUGGCAACAGAGCAUUGCUAGAACCAGAUUGUUCUUCAAGCUACUUGAAGAAUGUAUAACCCAUUUUGAGCAUAACAGAACAGGAGACAGCUUGCUACUAGGUUCUAGUUCUCGGAGCCCUGAUGCUGAGCGCCCUGCGUCCCCCAAGUAUUCUGAUCGGUUAUCCCCAUCAGUUAACGCAUAUUUGUCUGAGGCUUCGCGCCAUGAAAUAAGGCCCCAGGGAACACCGGAAAAUGGGUACAUGUGGAACAGGAUUAGUCCUCAGCUAAGUUCCCCAAAUCAACCCUAUUCAUUGAGGGAAGCACUUGCGCAAGCGCAAUCUUCAAGAAUAGGAUCAACAGCCAGGGCAUUGAGAGAGUCCCUACAUCCAAUACUGAGACAAAAGUUGGAACUCUGGGAAGAAAAUCUUAGUACUGCUGUGAGCCUUGAAGUCUUGGGAAUAAUUGAUAAGUUUUCAGUUGCUGCAGCUUCUCGAAGCAUCUCGACUGACUAUGCUAAGCUAGAUUGUGUAACAUCUAUCUUGAUGGGUCUUUUAUCUAGGAGCCAGCCCUUGACUUUUUGGAAAGCUUUCCUUCCUGUGGUCUAUAAUAUAUUUAGUCUCCAUGGUGCAACACUGAUGGCAAGGGAGAAUGACCGCUUCUUGAAGCAAAUUGCUUUUCAUCUUUUGCGACUUGCUGUAUUCCGAAAUGAUUCUGUUAGAAAAAGGGCCGUUGUUGGGUUGCAGAUCCUUGUUAGGAACUCAUUCAACUAUUUCAAGAGCACCACAAGGCUGAGGGUCAUGUUGACUAUUACUUUGUCAGAACUGCUAUCUGAUGUGCAAGUAACUCAGAUGAAAUCCGAUGGAUCUCUUGAAGAAAGUGGUGAAGCUCGGCGUCUUAGGAAAUCACUGGAGGAAAUGGCUGAUGUAAGGAGUAAGGAUCAGUUGAAUGAUUGUGGCCUUCCUGUUACUGCACUGGAAGUGGCUGCUGAAGGUUCCACAGACAAUAGGUGGCUUGAACACGCCCUUUUGGGUUCUGUAAUGAGUGUGGACAGGUGUGCAGCUGCUGAGGGUUUCUAUAAGCUAGCAUUGGCCUAUGCCCCUGUUCCGGAUCUUCACAUUAUGUGGUUACUGCACCUUUGUGAUGCACACCAGGAGAUGCAGUCAUGGGCUGAGGCCGCGCAGUGCGCAGUUGCUGUAGCUGGUGUGAUCAUGCAGGCACUUGUUGGAAGGAACGAUGCUGUGUGGAGCAAGGAGCAUGUUGCCUCCCUCUGUAGGAUUUGCCCUAUUGUGGGCACUGAUAUAGGUGCAGAAGUAGCUGCAGCAGAAGUUGAAGGAUAUGGUGCAUCCAAGCUUACUGUGGAUUCGGCCGUCAAGUAUCUUCAACUUGCGAACAAACUCUUUGCACAAGCUGAACUUUACCACUUCUCUGCCAGUAUCCAGGAACUUAUCAUUCCUGUGUACAAAAGCAGAAGGUCUUAUGGGCAGCUGGCUAAAUGUCACACGUCACUCACAAGCAUAUAUGAGUCAAUUCUUGAACAGGAGGCUAGCCCUAUCCCGUUCAUUGAUGCUACCUACUACAGAGUUGGAUUCUAUGGGGAACGAUUUGGCAAGCUCAAUAAAAGGGAGUAUGUGUUUAGGGAGCCGCGGGAUGUUCGUCUGGGUGACAUUAUGGAGAAGCUUAGUCAUACCUAUGAGGCUAAGAUGGAUGUGAAUCACACGUUACACAUCAUUCCUGACUCGAGGCAAGUCAAUGCUGAUGAGCUGCAACCUGGUGUAUGCUAUCUGCAAAUAACUGCCGUUGAUCCUGUAAUGGAGGACGAGGACUUGGAGAGCAGGAGGGAAAGGAUUUUCUCUUUAUCCACUGGUUCUGUUCGUGCACGUGUGUUUGACCGUUUCCUUUUCGACACACCAUUCACAAAGAACGGAAAAACGCAAGGUGGCCUAGAAGAUCAAUGGAAGAGACGCACAGUGCUCCAGACAGAGGGUUCCUUUCCUGCUCUGGUAAAUCGUCUGGUGGUGAUAAAAUCUGAAUCUCUAGAGUUUUCACCUGUGGAGAAUGCGAUUGGAAUGAUUGAAACAAGGACAGCUGCAUUGAGAAAUGAACUAGAAGAACCACGGAGCUCUGAAGGUGAUCAAUUACCAAGACUUCAAAGCCUGCAAAGGAUACUCCAAGGAAGUGUGGCUGUUCAGGUCAACAGUGGUGUAUUAAGUGUGUGCACCGCUUUCUUAUCUGGCGAGCCUGCAACCAGGCUCCGGUCUCAAGAACUGCAACAGCUGAUAGCUGCAUUGCUUGAAUUCAUGGCUGUCUGCAAGCGUGCAAUCCGUGUGCAUUUUAGAUUGAUAGGGGAAGAAGACCAGGAGUUCCACACGCAACUUGUCAAUGGGUUUCAGUCUCUUACUGCUGAGCUUUCUCACUAUAUUCCUGCCAUACUUUCGGAGCUAUGA